GGCCAAUCCUAGGCCAGAGGAUUUCACUCCUUGCUCUGCGUUGUUCAGGCAGAUAGCAGUUAAGGCUAUCGUCCUCCCUGACCUGCCCAAAAAGAUUGCAGAAAUUGCUGCGAUUUCUCCUUCCCCUGGGAGCUCUUUUGGAAGCACAUGAAAUUUCAUUCUCCAGUGUUAUUCCCUAUAAGAAUCUACCAAAGCUCCACACCCACCAGCUCUAACCCUCUGUGUCUCUGUUCAAUCUCCUGGAAUUCUAGCCAACGGAAAAGGACACUCAACAAGGUGUCAGAGGACUGGAAGGAGAAUGCUUCGAGGUCGAUCCCUAUCUGUGACAUCCCUGAGUGGGUUUCCUCAGUGGGAAGCCGACAAACUUCCUGUGGAGGACUUAUUGCUCUUUGAAAUUUCUUGGGAGGUGACCAAUAAAGUUGGAGGCAUCUGUACUGUGAUUCAGACAAAGGCCAAGACGACAGCGGACGAGUGGGGUGAAAACUACUUUCUGAUAGGUCCAUAUUUUGAGCAUAAUAUGAAGACUCAGGUGGAGCAGUGUGAACCCAUGAACGAAGCUGUCCGACUAGCGAUGGACGCCAUGAACAAGCACGGCUGCCAGGUGCAUUUUGGAAGGUGGCUGGUGGAAGGGAGUCCAUACGUGGUGCUCUUUGACAUAGGCUAUUCUGCGUGGAACCUGGACAGGUGGAAGGGUGACUUCUGGGAAGCCUGCAGUGUUGGGAUCCCUCAUCAUGACCGGGAAGCCAAUGACAUGCUCAUCUUUGGAUCUUUAACUGCUUGGUUCUUAAAAGAGGUGACAGACCAUGCAGAGGGCCAACAUAUCAUUGCCCAUUUUCAUGAAUGGCAAGCUGGAACCGGGCUGAUUCUUUCUCGAGCCCGGAAACUCCCGAUGGCCACGAUAUUCACAACCCAUGCCACUCUCCUUGGGAGGUAUCUGUGUGCAGCAAACACUGACUUCUACAACCACCUUGAUAAGUUUAACAUCGACAAAGAGGCCGGUGAAAGGCAGAUUUACCAUCGCUACUGCAUGGAGCGGGCAUCUGUCCACUGUGCCCAUGUGUUCACCACAGUGUCUGAAAUCACAGCGAUCGAGGCAGAACAUAUGCUGAAGAGAAAGCCUGAUGUAGUUACUCCAAAUGGCUUGAACGUGAAGAAGUUUUCAGCAGUGCAUGAAUUUCAAAAUCUGCAUGCUAUGUACAAGGCCAGGAUCCAAGAUUUUGUUCGAGGUCAUUUCUAUGGUCAUCUUGACUUUGAUCUCGAAAAGACUUUAUUCCUUUUCAUUGCGGGGAGGUAUGAGUUUUCAAACAAAGGAGCGGACAUCUUCCUAGAAUCUUUAUCCAGACUAAACUUCUUACUGAGGAUGCAUAAAAGUAAUGUCACCGUGGUGGUGUUUUUCAUCAUGCCUGCCAAGACAAACAAUUUCAACGUGGAAACUCUAAAAGGACAGGCCGUGCGGAAGCAGCUAUGGGACACUGCACAUUCAAUGAAGGAAAAGUUUGGAAAGAAACUCUAUGAUGGAUUGUUAAGAGGAGAAAUUCCUGACAUGAAUAAUAUUUUGGAUCGAGAUGACCUAACAAUUAUGAAAAGAGCUAUCUUCUCAACUCAGCGACAUUCUCUGCCACCCGUGACGACUCACAACAUGAUCGAUGACUCCACAGAUCCCAUCCUCAGCACCAUUAGAAGGCUCGGGCUUUUCAACAGCCGCUCAGACAGAGUCAAGAUUAUUUUGCACCCAGAGUUCCUGUCCUCCACCAGCCCUCUGUUGCCCAUGGAUUAUGAAGAGUUCGUCCGGGGUUGUCAUCUUGGGGUGUUCCCGUCAUACUAUGAACCCUGGGGCUAUACUCCAGCCGAAUGCACUGUGAUGGGGAUCCCCAGCGUGACCACGAACCUCUCUGGCUUUGGUUGUUUCAUGCAGGAACACGUGGCUGAUCCAACAGCUUAUGGUAUUUACAUUGUUGAUAGGCGGUUCCGCUCUCCAGAUGACUCUUGCAAUCAGCUGACUCAGUUUCUCUACGGAUUUUGCAAACAAUCACGCCGCCAGAGAAUCAUCCAGAGGAACCGGACUGAGAGGCUCUCAGAUCUUCUAGACUGGAGAUACUUGGGCAGAUAUUACCAGCAUGCCAGGCACCUGACUUUAAGCAGAGCUUUUCCAGAUAAUUUCCAUGUGGAACCCAUGUCCCUCCCAAAGACAGACGGAUUCAAGUACCCCAGGCCUUCCUCAGUACCGCCCUCUCCAUCCGGGUCUCAGGCCUCCAGUCCUCAGAGCAGUGACGUGGAAGAUGAAAACGAGGAUGAGCGGUACGACGAGGAAGAGGAGGCUGAAAGGGAUCGGCUGAAUAUUAAGUCACCCUUUUCUCUGAGCCACCUUCCUCACGGGAAGAAAAAGCUGCACGGUGAAUACAAGAACUGAAUCCCAUCCUUGCUGAGGAGAGCUGGUCAGGGCACAGCCAGAGUAAUUAUUUAAAAGAAUGAACAUGCUACA